AUGCCAGCCCUCACGGCCUUUGCCGGCGUCCGACAACUUCCCAUGAUGUCAGGCUUACUCGCUAGCUCGGCCAGACCGAUCCAACUUGGAGACACGCCUGCUCGCCAGCUUCCCCAGCCUCGCCUGGCUCGGGAGCUCGAAACAGUCCCAGCCUGGUCGCCCGCCGAGUCCUCCCCCGCCACCGCCAAUCAACCUGACCGUCCUGCGCGGGGGAGGGAACCAGUCCAGAAAUGGACCAUUCAGGUUCGUUACCACCCUCCCCCUCCUCCUAUGGUUCCUGCGAUGACAACGCUCACAGGCGACGGCGGGCUGCACGGCAACCUGCUCAUAAACAACGGCUUCCAAGGCGACAACCCAGGCCUAACAGGGUACAAGGGGAUCGGCAGCGUCGAGAUAACACAGUCCAGCGACCCCGUCAGCACAGCCAUCAAGUCCUCGUUGUCCGUCUCCGUGCGCGCCGACGCAAAGGGGCUCGUGGGGUUCGCGAACACGGGCUACAACGGGAUCACCGUGCGGAACCAGACGUACUGGACGAGCUUCUACAUGAUGGGCGAGUACGCGGGGACGGUGGCGCUGCGGCUGGCGGGCACGAACAACGGGAACGUCUACGCGAGUCGGCAUCUCACGGUACGCAGCAGCGGCGGGAAAUGGACCAAGUAUGAGACUACGUUCGACGCGAGGGCCAGUGAUGUCGCGGAGAAUGAGUGGCAGGUGCUGGUUGAUGCGGCGACGGCACGCGGGCGUCCGCUGCGGAUCAACGGGCUGCGCGACGACAUCGCCCAGCCGAUUGCGGCGCUCAGGCCCAAGUUCCUGCGUUUCCCGGGUGGGAACAACAUCGAGGGGCUGAACAUCGACACGCGGUGGAAAUGGAACGAGACGAUUGGCGCGGUCGUCGAUCGUCCAGGACGCCCGAGCGACUGGCACUACCCCAACACCGACGCCCUCGGACUAGACGAGUACCUCUGGUGGUGCGAAGACAUGCACAUGGUCCCGGUGCUGAGCAUCUGGGACGGCAAGUCGUACGGGGGCAUCUACCUCCUCGGCCCAGCCACAACCCCCUACGGCUCCCUGCGCGCGCGCAACGGCCGAACGCCCCCCUGGCCAAUCCAAUACAUCGAAAUCGGCAACGAAGACGACUACAGCGGCGGGUGCGACACGUACCCGGACCGCCUGGUGCGCAUCUACGACGCAAUCCACGCCGUCUACCCAAAUCUGACAAUGAUCGCGAAUAACAUGGAGGAGCUGUGUCUCCCCGAGAACCCGCUGCCGGGCCUGUGGCACGACUACCACUACUACCGCAACGCCGACGAUCUGGCCGCCAUGUUCAACUACUGGGACAACCACGACCGCAACGACAAGGUGCUGGUGGGCGAGUACGGGUGCCGCAACGAUAGUAACCCGGACGGGGUGUACUGGAGUUUCGUCCAGGGAUCUUGUGCCGAGGCCGUGCAUAUGAUUGGGCUCGAGCGGAACAGCGAUGUGGUCAUGAUGGCGGCGUAUGCGCCGCUGCUGCAGCAUUUCGGGUACACGCAGUGGUCGGUGUGUUCUCCUCUCCUUCUUUUCCAACCUUACCCUACCCUACCCGACCCUCGUUCCCUUCCCUUGCUUGUGUCGAAGGGUACAGCGGAUAUUGACAAAGUCCAGCCAACCCUGCUCGGCUUCGACUCGCGCCCCAACAGCCUCACGCUGAGCACAAGCUACUACGUCAACCGGAUGUUCAGCACAAACCAGGGCACGUACGUGCACCGCGUGCGGUCAACCGCGGACUUCGGGCCCGUGUACUGGGUCGCGACGUCCAACGCCACAGCGUACCAGAUCAAGCUGGCGAACUACGGGCACGCGAACCAGACGGUGAACGUGCUGGUGCCGGGGGUUGGGCGCGGCGUGCUCGAGAUGAUCUCGGGGCCCAAGGACGCGAGUAAUCGACCCGGGGAUGCGAAGAUCGUGCCGGUUUUGAGGGAGAUCGAGCAUGGGAGGGCGGGGUAUACGGUGCGGAUGCCGCCGUUUGGGGUGGCGGUUUUGGUGGUGGUUUUUAAGGGGGAGCUGUGA